CGUGGCCUGCCCCUGAGCUGCUCUGUCACUUCCACAUUCUUUGACAUUUUUCCAUUCCUGAGUAACGCGUUGUCCACUCCCCUCGCUCCCUGCACUGGGACAGGCGCUGGUUUAAGAACAGCCAAAACCAGUUAUUCACUCUCAAUAAAAGUCACAUCCAGGACGGCUCUUCUGCUCGAAACCUGCAGGGACCUAGACUAACUUCUCCAACCAUCUGUCUGUAUAUAUAUUUCAGAGGGAUCCUUGAGCAAUGACGAUGACUCAAGAAAUCUUGAGCUCUCUGCACCUGGCAGAUAAGGUUUCUGCUUGGGGUACACUAGGCACCAUCAAACCUCUGAAGAACUUUGAACCUGAAACUGAUGUGGAGAAGAUUAGUGAAACGCUGGUGGAUAAAGGUAACGUGCAAACCAUCAUCGACACCGUGACAGGUCUUAACAACGACCAAAGACAAGAAGUGGUUCGCCUGUACAAGGCAGAAGAUCAGAAGGACUUGGUGGAGGACAUCAAGAAAGCUUUCUCAGGAGACCUGGAGAAGCUUAUGGUUGGGCUUCUGAAGACACCGGCUGCAUUUGAUGCCCAAGAACUAAAAUCAGCAAUGAAGGGUUUAGGUACCGAUGAAGAAACCCUGACAGAAAUCCUGUCCACUAGAUCCGGUGAUCAGCUCAGAGAGAUCCAGACAUGUUACCGGCAGGAAUAUAAAGUGGAUCUGGAGAAGGACAUCGCAUCGGACACCAAAGAGCCAUACACCGCUCUUCUCCUAGCGCUGGCCAAGGGCAAGAGAGAAAAGGAUUCUGGGAUAAUUGACUAUGACCUGAUUGAGCAGGAUUCAAAGAUUCUGAGUGAUCUGGGGCCGAAGAACACGGCCAACAGUGCCCAGUGGAUCACGAUUCUGACAGAACGGACCCACGGACACCUGAGGAGAGUGUUUGAUCACUUCAAGACAUCAACGUCCGUGGACAUAGAGGAACGCGUUAAGAAGAAUUUUAAAGGCGACUUCCAGAAAGGACUCCUGACGUUAGUGGCCGUCAUUAAGGACACUCCACUCUACUUUGCAGACAGACUGUACAAUGCAAUGAAGGGCCUGGGGACUAAUGAAAGCACUCUUAUACGUAUCCUGGUAUCUCGCAGUGAGGUCGAUUUACUGAGUAUCCGAGUGGCCUAUAGAAGGAAAUACGGGAAAUCCCUCUAUUCAUCCAUUCAGAGUGACACCAAGGGCAGUUAUCGCUCAGCGCUGCAGCAGCUGUGCCGGGCAGAAGAUAUAUAGAUGUCACCGCACUUAAUGACCAAGAGGACAGUAUGGCCGCCAUCUUUAUCAACCCUGGCUGUCCACUCCAGCGGGGUGACCUCUGACCCAGCAAUCUUCCCUCAUUUAUUAAAGGUAUCUUUCAUAAAC